ACAACCCCCGCUCCACAAACCGUAAUAGCCUUCUUCUUGAAGUGAUGAUGUUGCUUCACCUGUUACACAUUGAUAUAAGCGCCUUGGCUCCGAUCCAGUGUCACCUCGGCCUAAGUUUGUUUUGUUUUUGUUCCAAAAUAUAGACCGUACAAAUAAAUAAAACUGGAGAAGGGAGAUGGCGUUUAUUAGCAACAACCAAGCCCCCCCACAGACUGCAGCCUUUUUAUCGGCCGAUAGUUUUGUUGGGUUGGCCCGCUAGUGCAAAAACCGACCCAACUGAAUCGGAAUUGGUUUAAUAACGAGGCAUGCUUUGUGACCAAUGUAGCUUUUGCUCCAAUAUGUGCAAUGAUAAAUUCCAUCACGUGCUGGUUCCCUCUCAUGAAGAGCAGAAGCUAAAAACUGUCCUGCAGAAGUUGAGAAGUUUCACUUCUCCGUUGAGCAGUUAUCCUACAUGCGACAAAUGUCACCAGGAAUUCAUAACAGUCCACAACAUUCCCGAGAGUUGCUUCCAAAUUUUGCCCAUCUCCGAACCGACUGACAUCAAGAUGGAACCAGAGCUAACGAUUAACGACGAGCUGUCGGAUAAUAAAGAUAUUUUCGAGACAGACCCAGCAGUGGAUUUCCGACCGAUCGGACAGGAUGACGAAAUGCAAAUCAGAGAAAUCGGAGAGAUAUUCUUCAUCAGGGAAAUAGAUGAUGACGACAAUAUGUCAUCAACUCCAGAUGCUGUAUCAAAACGUAAGAAGGGCUCCGCGAAAGAAGGAAGGAUACUGUUGAAAUGUGAAAAGUGUGAAAAAACAUUUGCUUCAAGACAUAGACUAAAAGUGCACGUUCUAACUCAUACGGGUGAACGACCCUUUCCUUGUCCAUAUUGUCAGAAAACAUAUAGGGAAUCGGCAAAGCUCCGAAUUCACAUUCGAAACCAUACGGGUGAUCGUCCCUAUUCUUGUUUACGUUGUUCAAAAGCGUUUACGCAGAGUACAUUGCUCCAAUAUCACAUUCGCACCAAUAAGUGCGAACGUCCCUAUUCUUGUCCACAAUGUCCUAAGACGUUUGUAAAAUCUUCAGCGCUCCAAACGCACAUCCAAGCUCAUCCGGGAGAGAAACCUGUAUUUAAAUGUGAAGAGUGUGUAGAAACAUUUUCCUCAAGAACUAGACUAAAAGUGCACGUUCGAUCUCAUACCGGUAAAAGUUCCUUUUCGUGUCCACACUGUCAGAACGCAUAUAGGAAUGCUUCAACGCUCCGAGCGCACAUUCGAACUCAUACGGGUGAACGUCCUUACGCUUGUCCACAUUGUCCGAAAAUGUUCAAGCAAAGUUCAUCGCUAAAGCCGCACAUUCGAACUCAUACGGGCGAACGACCCUUUUCAUGUCCACAUUGUCCGAAGACGUUUGGGACAAAAGGAGCGCUUAAACAGCACAUUCUAACUCAUACGGAUUAGUAAAGAAUGCUUCUCUGUCUUGAAUUAUUUGGCAGAACCAUUUCUUUGCAGGGGAAUUUUGCUUUUGUUGGCUACUGUGGCGUAUGCCCUUCACGCGAUGCAGUACCUACUACGGGUAUCGCAUUAAUAGGAGACCUAUGAUUGGAAAAACUUUUUCUAACGGUGCGUUUAGACUAGUGAUGUUUUCAUGUGAAGAAAUUUAGGAAGAAAUAUGAUGAGAUUCAUCGAAAUCGCAUCAACCGUUUACACUAGCGCUAAUUCAUAUAAUGUAUACUAGCUGAUCCAGAAGACCUUGUUCCGCCAUAUGAAUUAUUUCUAGUGAAUAACUAACUAACUAACGGAUUGUAAGUGUGUUCAAAUGAAUAGAUUGUUUGAGAAACCCCAUAAGUCGCUUGUGAGGAAACGACUAAAAACUGUUCUCAACAUUUUGAACUGGUCCUAUUACUAUCAGGUUCGGUUAUCACAUCCAAAACAUAUUAUGUGAAACCACUUUUUCAUUAAUAUGACA